UUGUGGGAUAAACUUUUUAAGAGGUCGAGGCAAAAUGGCUACUGGAGGAAGUGACACAUGUAGAUUAUCAGAUGAAACAUUUGACUUACUUUGUACAGUGUGUAAACGUAAAGGGAAAUACACAGAAGCUGAAAAAUAUUGUGUUGAAUGUGGUGACUACUAUUGUAUAACCUGUGUCAAAGUUCACGAUGAUGUCCCAUUACUGACUGGGCAUAAGAUACUCAGUAAGAGCCAGUUUCAGUCCGUGUCUACAAGGAAACAGCCACCAGUUCCAACAGAAAGAUGCGACAAACACAAUCAUAAACAUGUAGAUAUGUACUGCAAGAAUCACGAAGACGUUGGCUGUUCAACAUGUAUGGCUACUGAACACAGGUUAUGUCAAGAAAUUUUCUACAUACCAAAUUUCAUACAAAACAAUGCAAGAACAGUAAAUCUCAACAACAUUCAACAGAAACUUGAAACCUCUGCCAAGAUCUUAGAUGAAUACCUUGAAGACUUACAACAAGAAAGACAACAGCUCUUGGAAAGCAAGGCAGAUUCAAUUGAAGAAAUCAGAAAGUUUAGACAAGAAAUUAAUGCCAGGCUUGAUGAAAUGGAGCAGAACUCGAUAGCAGAUUUAGAAGAUAGAUUCAAAGUACUGAUAAAAGAGAUAGAAGACAGAAUGAGACUGUUGCAGAAAAAUAAAACCAGUGUCACUUCAGCUAAGGAUAAAUUAUCAUCAGACAAAAAUAAUGUUUCCCAGGAGUUUGUUAAUGGAAAGAGGGGGAGAAAAGCUGCAAGCAAUGCGAAAGCCUAUGUAGAGGACAGUAAAGCUGGAUUUCAUAGGAAAGAUAUUACAAUCAUUCCUGAUCAGAUAAUACUGCCAAAGUUAAAAGAAAUGAAUAUGCUGUUAAAAGUAACAGAGGAAGCUUCUCUAUUUAAAGCAAAAAAUAAAAAGACAUGUAAUGUGAAAAUUCCAUCAGAUACAGAAGUCUGUGAUAUUAGCUCUGUCUGUUACCUGGAAGAUGGAUCAGUAAUACUGUGCGACUACAUCAACAAGAAGCUGAAACGUUUAGACAGUUCCUCCUAUACUGUUAAGGAGUACUAUGAUCUUCCUGGCCAUCCAUGGCAAGUGUGUCCCAUCAACAAACAGGAAGUUGCUGUGAGUCUGUAUAUGAAAAAAGAAAUUCAUGUUAUUUCCCACAGCAAUAUAAUGAUAAAAACAAAUCAAAUAAAAACUAACUUUGUAUGUUAUGGUCUGGCCCAUGCAGAUGGCAAUCUGUACAUUUCUGAUGCAUACACAUCAGUGUAUGUAUACAGUGUAUCAGGCAGAAAGCUGAAGUGUGUCAGAAUGGACCCUUCAGGACAGUCCAAAUUCAAUAUAGCCAGACUGGCUGUCAGUGAGGAUGGUUCCAAAAUGUAUGCUACUUGCUGGAAUAAUGGACUCAUCAUAUUAGACAAUAAUGGACAGGUUGUCAGGAAAUUCGAUGGUCCAGAGUUACAAAAUCCCUUGGGAAUAUCUCAAACCAGCAGUAGUAGUUUGCUUGUUGUAUCCACACAUACCAACAAUGUGCUGCAGUUUGGACUCAAAGGACAGCUUAUUGGGGAGGUAAUUGAGUCUGAUACUGGAGAAAAGGACUAUACAGCAGUUGCUUGUAAUCAGAACACAUCAAGAAUGAUCCUCAGUAGGUAUGAUGAUAACAAUAUUGAAGUGUAUGAUAUAGUCUGAUACUGUAUACAGGAAAGCAAAACAUUGUCGAUGUGUUUAGCUGAAUCCAUUCCCUAAUUUCCAUGCAAUUUUGAACUUGCUUUAUUAGUCCAUCACAUCAAUAUAUGUCCUUUUUUGAGUCAAUUUACUAAUUAUGGCUACUUGGCUAGUCAGAUUAAAUGUUGCUUGUAUGGAUGGGACUACAUUCAAACAUCAGAUACUGAAAGAAACAACAUACUGUAAGAUCAUUUAACUAUGUAGGCAUAAAAUAUACUAAUUCAUGGUGACACAAGUAUAGAUUUCAAACUUUUAAGAUAAAAUGAUGGGAAAACCUUCAUAUUCAUCACUAUUUAUUUUUCAUGGAUUAAAUACAACCAUGAAAUCCAUGAAAAAAGUCUCCAUCAUUUCAGUAAAGGAUGCAUACUGCUACUUGAAUACAGAUCAUGAGAUGCAUAAACGAGUAUUGUUUUUCUUACAUGAUUGUAUUCUUAAACAAUCACCUUGUAUGAUUUAUAAAAGCAUGACUUGAUAAUGUUUUAAUCUUAGACUAGUGAAUUUACAUUUUCUCUGUAAAUGUGUUUAGUUUGUAUGUGGUAACCCUGCAUUUCGCCAUGAAAUAUUUUGCUUUUUGUGAAUAUCUUUGAGAGUUUACUGUUUUGUAUUGUUUUAAGGACAUUGACUUAGGAAAAAUCUUAUUAUGUAACUGUGGUGAAAGUUUCAUGCUAAUCUAGUUAAUAUUGAUAAAGUUAUGGGCAAAUACAGAUUGCUUAACUUUCCCAACCUGGAACUGAGCUGCUGUAAGAACAAGUACUUGCUUCUAAAUACAUAUUUUAUGUUUUGCCAUGAUAUUUCUAUCUUCAAUGUGUUGUAUAUAUAUUUGUGGACAAUAUGUUCAGUAAUUUUCGAGAGAAAGUACAUUUGUUUACUUUUUCACAAGUAAUUUUCUUCUUUGACUAGUGCUUGCCAAUGAAAAUGAUUUAUUAAAAUUAUUAUUAGGUGGUUAAUCAGAUUUUGAUCCAGGGAUGGAUUUGGUCAAAAGUUUAACAAAUGAUCAUUUACAAAUGCUUGUGUUUAUUGACUGUUUAAUGUUAGAAUUUCACUGUAGAUAUUUUUAAAAUUUGAAUUUCCUACCCUAGCUGCCCAAUCAAGAUGGAGUUACAUAAUUAUACCGUAUUUACUUGCUUAUAAGGCGGAUCGCUUAUAAGACGGGGUCCCGAGAAUAUAUAUAUAUAUUUAAUAACAUUUUCCCCUUCAAAAUCAUAUGACUAUAAGAACUGUUGUAUUAUAUUUGUCAAAUAUUUAUACUGACAAAUAUGUAUUUAGCUGAAAUUCAUUAGAAAUGCAAGUUUGUAAAAAUAAUAUAAAUUACCUUCACCUAUCUUGGUUGUGCAACCAGUAUAGACUGAAAAUAAAUGAAGUCAGCAAGUACACACUUGUUUUUAAAGCUUGUCUUUUGGUUCCGAUUGUUGAAAAAUCUGAAUAUCUGUCAAAUGAAAACAUAGAAUUAUAAUUAUAUUGAAAUCAAAAGCAAUAAACUUUCAUAUUAAAGGGCAGUAAAAAUUUACAAAAUUUAACACACUCAGCUAUUUGAAGCCCUUCUACCUGGUACUAGCUUACAAACAUAAGCUUUAGUAAAAUAUGCUAACUUGAAGAAAAGUGGCAUAACUUUUGCUAAAAUGUAAGCCAGAGUUAUUAAACUUGCUAUGUGAAGUCAUCCCAUGACAAAAUGAAAUGUGUGUAGCAGUGAAUGUAUUUGAUGAGAAGCAUGUAUACAUGAAAAUUGUCACAAAUUUUUUUAGUUAAAAAGGAGCAUAAUUUUGUAACCUUGGAGGUCAUCUCAUGAUGCUGAAGACAUGUGUGAAGUUUGAAAGUAUUUGGCACAGUUGUUUCUGUGCAACCUGUUUAUACUUAAAAUUUUAACCUGAAAUUUUAUGUUAAAAAGGGGCAUAAUUUUGACAAAAUAAAAGCUAGUGUUAUGUAACUUGUCCCUGGAGGUCAUUUCAUGAUGCCAAAGACAUGUGUAAAGUUUGAAAGCAUUUGGCCAAGUAGUUUCUGGGAAACUUUGCUUACCUGCAGAACAUUUGUAACAUGGAUGCUUACAAAAGCUGCGCUAUUUCAACAAUUUCCAAAAGUAGAGUUUAUAAAAAAUUAAUAAAACACGGUGAUACAUGUCUAAUUAGGUUUAACUCUAUGAAAUGGAUGAAAAAUGUCAUAAAAUGUUAUCCAAAUGUGACUGACCAUCUUUAAGAUAUGAAGACAUAAUUUAUGUGGCCAUUUUGGAUUUUUGAGGAGAAACUGUAUCAUUUCUAUGUCAAUUCCUUGACACUAGAUAUAAGAACUUUUAUGUAAUUUGAAAUAUGUUGAUAAGAAGUAGCUUUUUCUUGCUUGUUUGUUUGUUUGUUUUGGGUUUAACGCCAUUUUUCAACAGUAUUUCAGUCAUGUAACGGCGGUCAAUUAACCUAACCAGUGUUCCUGGAUUCUGUACCAGUACAAACCUGUUCUCCGCAAGUAACUGCACAUUUCCCCGCAUGAAUCAGAGGUGGAGGGCUAAUGAUUUCAGAUACAAUGUCGUUUAUCAAAUAGUCACUAAGAACAUACGCCCUGCCCGAGGAUCGAACUAACAAUCCCACAAUCCAUAGACCAAUGCUCUUACCUACUGAGCUAAACAGGCGGGUAGCUUUUUCUUGAGUUUAUGUUUAUGUAAAAUGUAAUUAGUUUUGAUGAUACAAAUUCUAUUUCUUGUAUUUAAACUGUGGUCACGAGUUCAACCCCUUCCUCCACCAACUAAAAUUUACUAACACUGGGAUAAGAGUUCCGUGUAUGGGUGCGUUACAUCUGGCAUGCAAAAGAAUCUGCGAGGCUUCAGGAACUGUCUUGCAUUAUGCUCCCACUAACAUUAACUAAGUUAAACAGUCUUCUGGAGAGUCACCGAUAUGGGUUACCAGUGGCAACUUUAAAUAAGCUUACACACCAACAAAAAAAAAUUCUUUGCUCUUUUAGUUUACACUUAGAUUUAAAAAUUCUUUAAUUGGAAAUUAUGUGAAAUUGAGAGCCAAUUAGGAACUUUAAACUUUCAUUUUUGUUGAACCAAAAAGCAGAAUUCUGUUAGGUUAAUGUUAAAUUUUACCUGCUGAAGAGCAUAUUAAUAUUUAUGUACACUGUAUUUAAGACAGAGUCAUAUUGUGGAAUUUUCUGACAAUACUGACACAGUCAUGUCUUUAAGUGAUAUGUGUAUAUUUUGAAAUAUUUUCAGUGACUGUACAGUUUAUUGACAGAAAUACAUGUAAUAGAACUAUGUGUGGUAGUGAAUGUGUGU